GUGUACUCUGCGCCCCACGCCUAUUUUAUAAGGUCUUUGCUCCACACAAAAGAAAGAAAUUGAUCUGUCAAUGUCAAGUAACCGUCAAAGUGGUAAAUAAGUGAACGGAUUGAAUUUAUUGUUCGAACGAUAAUUUAAUCUCAAUUUGUUUAUAAAAAGUAACAGAGAAAUACAUAAUAUUUAAUUAUUCGUAAAAUACUGAACUAAUAAAAUGACGGCUAAUAACGAAUAUCCAAAAGCAUCAAAUGCCACUUUGAUUGGUGCGAGUAUAACGUAUAUUGGUGGCCUUUUUCUACUUCUAUCAUUUGCCGGCCCGUACUGGAUAGAAUCAUAUUCCGAAAUGUUUUCGCCUUUCAAACAUAUGGGGCUAUGGGAGUAUUGUUUCGAUCGUUUCAGAUUUCCCUCGUUUCAAUAUGAUAAGUUGUUUCAUGGCUGUCACUACAUCUUUAGUGAGGAGUACUAUGUGAUCAGAGAAUGGCUCCUACCAGGGUGGUUGAUGGCUGUCCAGGCAUUUGUAACAUUGGCUCUCAUAUUAUCACUGUCAGCACAAGUGCUGCUGGCCUGUGUAAUUGUGCGUUGGCCAUUGAGGACAGUUCUAUGCUAUGAAUGGAUAUUUGUAUCCUCUGCAUUUGCAAUGGUUGCUAUUUCAAGUGCAUUUUUAUUCCUGGCUGUUGCUAUAUUUGGAGGAAACUGUUAUCGCCGCAGUUGGUUGCUGUAUCCAUCAUUCAAUGUGCUGUCUUGGUCUUAUGCAUUUGCUGUUAUUGCAUUUAUACUGUUUGGUCUUGCAGCUAUUCUCUUAUUCUUGGAGGCGCGGAAGUUGUAUGAGUUGCGUUUAGAGGCAAAGAACCUGGUGGCUCAGAUGCAGCACAGCCAGCCUGAGCAUGCCCUGCAUCAGCUACGUGACCAGCUGCAGCAACAACAACAGCUCACUUACUAUAGACAUUAAGAUUUUUAUUUUUCUUACGUACAUUUCAAUGACAUUUAGUUUGACACUUAUGGCAAACAUAUUUGAAGAAAAGUGCUUGUAAUAUCUGCACUAUGGAAUUUUAAUCUCUUUGGUAGAUUUACUUUUUUGUACUUUUGUCCCACUAAAUGUAUGUACACUGAUAUGUGUAGUUAAAUUUAGUUUUUUUUUCUACUAUAUUGAUAUUAAGGAUUUAUAUCUAUUAUGUGUAUGCUAAUAUGUUUUAUUUUUAAUUUACUUGAAAGCAAAUACAAAUAUUUGCAUUAAUUUUCUUAUUUACACUAUAACUGUUUUUUAUUCACAGUAGCUUCUCGUUUACAUUUACUUUUACUAUAUUUAAAAGUCAAUAUUUUAUACAUUUGAAAUUUGAGGAAAAUAUAUGUCCUUUAAACAUAUUUAACCAUCAAAAUCUUUGUCAAUUUUAAUCGUAAAUUUUAAUGUCUUGUUCGCAUUUGCCUUUUAAAAGAUAAAAUUUAAUGUGCUAUGGACUUUGUUCACUGUAUGUUAACUCACAUUUAUACAGCAAAAAUGAUGUUAUCAUAAUGAGCACAAAAUUGACACGUUUUUACAAAUUAUAUAAAUU